AUGUUUGGUCAUGAAAAAUCUAAGAUGACCUCCAAUUCUAAGGAUAAGGUUACAAAGAAAUAAGUUUUACAGAACUUUUUAGAGAGAAAUUACUCAUCUCACUUGUUGAAACUCCAAAAUAAGAAUUUACAAGACUCAUAUAACAUUCAAUCUCCUUCAAGACUAAAAGAUGAUCUCGAUAAUUUUAAUGAGGAAUGUGUUUUCAGACCAAGUAUAAAUUAAAAUUCCAAUAAAAUAGCUGAAUAAGUCAGAGUAUCAUAAGAUCGAAGCAAGGAAAAGAUAUUCGAUACGCUUUAUUAUGAAAGUAUUGAAUUAUAAUUCAAGAAAUAGUAGUAAAAGGCUAUACAAGAUAAGUUGAAGGAUGAUUUAUUAAAGCAAGAGAUGACUUUCAAGCCUAAGAUACAUGAAUACAAGAAUCCACACUUAGAUAACUAGCCAAUAAAGUAAAUGUAAAAUGUUUAGUAAAACUACAUUGAUCAAUACAUAAAAAAGAAAAAGAAUGAGAUUCCAAGAGUAUUUGAUUUACAGAGAUAGGAUCUCCUAAAUAUCGAAAACUCAAUCAGCAGACCCAAAACUUAGCAUUAAAUUUCUCAUUCUUCAUCAAGUUCUCCUAUUCAAACUAAUGGCUUUGUAUCUCAAAAUUAAACUCUUAAUAAUAUCAGCAUUAGUAGAAACUCAAUCAGUUAAUUUGACAAGGAGAAUCAUUAGUAGUAAAAAGCUUGCAGCACAUUGGAACUCGUUAGAUCAAUUACUAGUCAGUUGACAUUUGAUAAUCCUAAUAUACCAAGAUCAGAGACCUCUGUAUCCUCUAUUUCUUCUAAGUAUUCUCAAGCCUAAAAAAUAAUUCAGCAAAAUAGAGUAGCCCCAAUUUCAAGUAGUUCUAGGGAAUUUAAAAAAUAUAGUAACUCUUCUGUUGGUAGUAACCCUAAUACAAACCUAAAUAGCUAUGAGUCUGAUUUAUUAGAGUUUAGUCCUGACUAGUUCAUGAGUGAAACCUAAAAUGUGAUAUUUGAAGUGCUUCCCUAUAAAACAAAUGACCAUUAUGUGGUUGUUACAUCGAAAUCUUGCGAUAUCAAUAGUACAAAUAAUAAGCAACCCUCCUCAUAAGCUAUUCAAAUCCUUGAUAGCAACAGUGAUGGGUAUUAGUCACCUGCUUAUAAUGAUUCAGAUGAGAAAACCCCUCGAGUGCAUGAGAUACUUAAUACUGAUUCAAACCAUAAAUCCUUCUAAAACAGUUCACCAUCUGAUUAGCCCCUUAGAGACCCUACGCAACUACUCUCCUCUAAUUCAUUUAAUCUUAGUCCGAAGCAACAAACUCCAAGUUAUACCCACACUCCUCAAAGUUAAAACUAAAACAAUAAUUACUAAAGAACUUCUUAUCAAUUUAAUUCUAAAAGUUUGUCAAUGAUUAUCGAAGAUAAGGCUGAAAUCACCCAGAGUAGUAUGUUUGAUAGUAAUGAAACUUAAAGUUAGAUCGUAGAUUAAAGCAAAUACAGCAUCAGCCAUACUAGCAGCAGUCAAAAACUUAACAAGUUUUGUAAAGAUGCUUCUAGUAUAAUGGGUAGUGAAAAUAAUAACAAAGAAGAUCACCUUAAUUCAUCAGUUAUAAAUCUCUAUUAUAAUUUAAAUUGA